UCGAAUCCCGGUCACUGGAGAAUUAACAUUUCGGUAUCGCCAGGGACAGAGGACCGACACGUGGCAACACGUGACUAGUCUGGAUCACUUCUGUGGGGCCAGGAUACCUCUGUAUAAUUCAAAAAAAAAAAAAAGACAAGAAAAAUGUAGAACUUCUAAUCGGAUAGCCAUUUUCUAUAGAUGUAAAAUCCACAUGUUCAUCAUAGUAUCACUACAACAAUGUUAAAACCGUUCACUACAACAAUGUAUUCUAAAAUGGCUUUCAAAAAACAAUGUAUUCUAAAUUGUAAUGCUGAAACACAAUGAUUUCGAUGAAUUCAAAUACUCCACCACAAAAUCAAAUAUUCAAAAUUCAUUCAAUAUAAAGCAAGAGAAAGAAACAAAAUUACACAAGCCCAUCAUGCUUAGUAAAUGAUAGAUGAUGCAAAUUCUUUAGUAUAUACAAGUGGUGCUGGAAGUACUACGUUAAUCAUUAGUACCUAAGAUUAACUCGUUUUUAUUUCAAACACCACGCAAGUUUUUACUCCAAGUAAUCGCAUUUUAAUUUCUUUUAUAAACGCCUAUAUGUACCUCAACGUAAGCAAAUAAGCAUGUGCAUGUACAUGCCCAUAAAAUGGUAUACAACUGAAAUGAGAAUUAAAGAAUGAUACGCCCCUCUCCCCGAUAAAAAAAAGAUCGCUUGAAACCUUUCUUUGCCUUUUUAACCACAUUUCACGCGUCAACUCGUCUCGAUCACAACUAUAAACACUAAGUCCACCCUCUCCUCAAUUUCUCACAACACAAUUUCGCUCUCUUCCUCUUCACAUUCACAUAAACAGCAAAAGAAGAAGACGAAGAAAGAGACAAAGAAGAAACGAAGAACUAUAUCUCUCUAUCUCUUGAGCUCUAACUAACUCACAAAACACACUCAUACAUCAAGAGAAAAUGGCUCAAUUCAUGAAGAUAUUCGUGGCAAUGGCAUUCACAAUCGCAAUCACGGUCGGCGUCAUUAGUACCACGACCACGACCGCAACACUUUCACUCCAAGACCCUGUUAAGGAUCUUACACAGCCAGGCGCGGUAAAGAUCAGACCGAGUCGCUUCUUGGCCCAAAAGGUCAACGAGGGCCAAGGACCUAAAGCCCGAAACCCUAAUGCAGCUGACCAUUGCAACAAGGAGCCAGAGAUCUGCAGCAGCAGCUAUUACAGCACCGGAGCAAACUCUACAAUGGCUUGUUGCAACAACAAGUGUAUGGAUCUAUCAGCCGACGACAAAAACUGCGGUGCAUGUAAGAACAAAUGCAAAUUCGGGCAAACGUGCUGUCGCGGUCAGUGCGUUUACGUGGCUUACGAUAAGCGCCAUUGCGGUGAGUGUAACCAUAGAUGCAAUCUUGGCGAGCUCUGCGUCUACGGUCUCUGUAACUACGCGUGAUGAAUCAAUCAUUCAUUACCGUAAGAAGAAAAAACAAAUUUAAGUAAAAUAUACGGAUGAUUUAUUUACUUGGACGCUAAUUAAAGAAAAGGUCGUUCCAAUUAAUUAUUUACUUCAUAAUUGAUUAAGUGUUGUGUGUAUUUUUGGAUUCCCAUAAUGUUUUGAGGGGUAUAUAAAAAGAGAACUUUUUCUACUUUUAAUGUCUUCGAAUAAAAUGGAACAUCUCGUGUCCAGUCCUAUUGCUGUUUUUAGUAAGUUUAUAUAAGAGUGUGUAUUAUAUUAUAUACACUCGUAAAUCAUCAAUAAUGUUAUUAUACUUAUACAUAAAAUAAAAUCUCUUUCCUCUCAGCACAUCUCGACAUUUACAGAUGUACAUAAAAGUAUAUAUGAUUAGUACAAACUGAUAGAUGACAUAGUUCUAAAGAAAAAAAUUGACAUAAGAAAAUAUAGAAGACUCCAUUGCUUCUCCUAUUGAGUCUUUGACGGGCUUCGAGUGACAUACUGACAUUAGCAAUUUGUCUUCUUCUUAUGGAAGUUGCUGUGUUUGGUGUUUCAGAGGUUCGGUUAGACUUUGCUCAUUGAUUCUCUGUCUGAUCUAGGCGUGACUUGGUCUCUUCGUAAAGCUCUCUACCUAGGCAUUCAACGGUCGUUUUUGACCCAGUCGCUUUCGAGAGUAUAUGUGUAACGGCCUUGGCCCGAUGAACCUUAUCAAACACUCUAACCCAAACCUUUUCGUUCAAAAGCUCUUAUUAAAACUCAAACUGUCUUACAUAAAACCGAACUCAACUAAAAACUGAAUGUCGAAUAAAACUUAAGAAGAAAUGGUUGAAAGAAAAGAGUCCCAAAAUGAAAGACUCGAGAAAACACUUGCACCAUACGGACAUCUACUCCCGCUCCCUCUCGGCCGUACCUGUAAAAAGAGAGGUGAGUACACAAUACUCAGUGAGGGCAGGUUCUAGGAACCCACGAACUCAGCUCAGGAAGAGCAAACAAUCACAAGUCAUGAGCUAAUAAGAUCUAUUACACAGAAUCCCAUGCUACCCGACAUGAACUAAAGACCCUACAAUGCACAUCCUUUUCAUCUUUUCAUCUUUUCAUCUUUUCAUCUUUUCCUCAGUGGGUAGCCCCUCACUAGGCUUCUACCCCAUAUUCAUGUGGAUUGGCCACAUCUCCUAUGGGUGCUUCCAUAUUCAUGUGGAUUCGCCACAUCUCCUAUGGAUACCUAGCGUGGACUACUUACCCCACCUACUUUCCUUAGACUCUCUAUAUGAUCCUUUAUUCGUACUUAUAUUUACAUCUUUCACUUAUCAUUCACAACACGUCUCAUCAUCUUAUCAUCAUAUUCUUGACCACCCUAACAUGCCUACGUUCUUAUCACUUCAACACAUACUAUCGUCUAAACAAGAUCAAUCACAUAACAUAUCACGCAUACACACAAGAUCUAGAUCUGAUUAACAAAGGACUAAGUCCCAUUGGUUACUCAACAUGAGGCAAGUUCACAGCAAGUCCUCACCUUGGCUUUUUGCAGAAGUAGAUCUGGAUCUAGGUUUGGGGAAACAGUCACUUCUCGAGAUCUGGUUUGAGAAUCGGAUUCACACAAGAGAGAGAUGGUUUAGGAUCUGUCAUUCCCCAAUGACUUAGAGCUAGAGAUCUUAGUUUUACCUUUAGGGUUCAGAUCUCAGUUGCUUGCACGAAACUGAAUCACGGAGGCGGCGGCUAGGGGCUCGGUCGCGGCGGCUAGGGCUUCGCGGGCGGCUGGCGGCUGGCUUCGCCGGAGACGGAGCGGCGGCCGCUUGAGGCGGAGGCGGCGGCGGGGUUCUGCUCGGGCAGGGCUUCGCUUGCUGUCUCUCUUGUGGCUGAACCCUAGGGGAACUUCUCCUUUUAUAAGCAAUGGGAGGGGUUAUGUCUAGGGUUUCUUCUUCUUGGGCCUCCUGCACUUGAGUUCCCUUUUGGGCCGGGUCCGGGAUGUUACAAUUACAAUAUGUUUGGUUAGGGUUUUCUUAGAUCCUUUCUUGCCACAAUAUGAAGUUUUGGUUGCUUGGGUUUCUGAGGUGUUUCCAUUCAAGGAGAAAAUGGUUUACUGGUGGUUUGGCCGUGGACAUUUUCAAUAAGUAUUUUUCAUUGAAUUUUCAGAAGUUAAGACGCUUUGCUCGACGGGGGUCUCUGCAGAUGUGUUUGGAUUCAGUCUGUUUUUUCUUUGGUUAAUCUUUUGUGUCCUCUGUAUGCAGUGGCGGAGCCGAAUCUUUUCUUACCGGGAUCAAAAUAUUGUUUAGUAAUUACCAAAAAUAUUUCUAUAUACUAAUUUUUCAUUUUAAAAUAUUUUUCUACGGCUUAAUUUAUUUUUAUAAAAUAUUU